GGGUGCGGGAGGAGGUGCGCCGCAGCUCCGGGCUAUCGCGAGAGUUGGGCGGGCCGAGCAGUCGCAGCAGCAAUCCCCCACCCUCCCGGGAGCGCCGCCGGUCCUGGACUCUCCAAAUUCUGAGCUCUCAUCAUGGCGGCGGCGGCUGCCGCGGCGGCCGUCGCGGGGGCGCAGCCGCCCCAACCCGAGCUGUCAGCGCCUGGGCUGGUCCUGGACAAGGCCGCCACCGCCGCGCACCUGAAGGCGGCCCUCAGCCGGCCGGACAACCGGGCAGGUGCGGAGGAGCUGCAGGCGCUGCUGGAGCGGGUGCUGAGCGCCGAGCGGCCGCUGGCGGCGGCGGCGGCGGCGGCCGGCGAGGAGGCGGCGGCGGGCGGCGCGGGCGGCCCGGGCGCGGCGGAGGAGGAGGCCCUGGAGUGGUGUAAGUGCCUGCUGGCCGGCGGCGGCGGCUACGACGAGUUCUGCGCGGCCGUGCGGGCCUACGACCCCGCGGCGCUGUGCGGCCUGGUCUGGACAGCCAACUUCGUGGCCUACCGCUGCCGGACGUGCGGCAUCUCCCCCUGCAUGUCGCUGUGCGCCGAGUGCUUCCACCAGGGCGACCACACCGGACACGACUUCAACAUGUUCCGCAGCCAGGCCGGGGGCGCCUGCGACUGCGGCGACAGCAACGUGAUGCGGGAGAGCGGGUUUUGCAAAAGACAUCAAAUUAAAUCAAGUUCAAAUAUUCCUUGUGUCCCCAAAGACUUACUGAUGAUGUCUGAAUUUGUUCUUCCAAGAUUUAUUUUUUGUCUUAUUCAGUACUUAAGAGAAGGCUAUAAUGAACCAGCAGCUGAUGUGCCAUCAGAGAAAGACCUUAAUAAAGUCCUUCAGCUUUUGGAACCUCAAAUUUCCUUUUUAGAAGAUCUAACAAAAAUGGGAGGAGCAAUGCGGUCUGUUCUUACUCAGGUUUUGACAAACCAACAAAACUACAAAGACCUGACUUCUGGUCUUGGAGAAAAUGCUUGUGCAAAGAAGAGUCAUGAAAAAUAUCUUAUAGCUUUGAAGAGCUCUGGACUUACAUAUCCGGAGGAUAAGCUUGUCUAUGGUAUACAGGAUGCCUCUCCUGGCACUAGCACUUUGGCAGGUCAAGGUUUUGCAGGUACAACAGCCACAUUGGGACAACUAGACUCUUCAGAUGAGGAUGAUCAAGAUGGGAGUCAAGGCCUGGGCAAGAGAAAGAGAGUCAAACUAAGCAGCAGCACCAAAGAUCAGUCCAUAAUGGAUGUUUUGAAGCAUAAAAGCUUUCUUGAAGAGCUAUUAUUUUGGACUAUAAAGUAUGAAUUUCCCCAGAAAAUGGUAACUUUCUUACUCAACAUGCUUCCAGAUCAAGAGUACAAGGUUGCUUUUACAAAAACGUUUGUUCAGCAUUAUGCUUUCAUUAUGAAAACACUGAAGAAAAGUCAUGAAUCAGACACAAUGUCUAACCGGAUUGUGCAUAUUAGUGUCCAAUUGUUCAGCAAUGAAGAACUAGCCAGACAAGUAACAGAAGAAUGUCAGCUGCUGGAUAUUAUGGUCACUGUCCUAUUAUACAUGAUGGAAAGUUGCCUUAUUAAAAGUGAGCUGCAAGAUGAAGAAAAUAGUUUACAUGUGGUAGUGAACUGUGGAGAAGCACUAUUGAAGAAUAACACUUACUGGCCUCUUGUUAGUGAUUUUAUUAAUAUCCUUUCUCAUCAAAGUGUGGCUAAGAGAUUUUUGGAGGAUCAUGGCUUGUUAGUUACAUGGAUGAACUUUGUAUCUUUCUUCCAAGGUAUGAACUUAAAUAAGCGGGAACUGAAUGAGCAUGUGGAAUUCGAGUCUCAGACCUACUAUGCUGCCUUUGCUGCUGAGCUUGAAGCCUGUGCACAACCAAUGUGGGGGUUGUUAUCGCAUUGUAAAGUUAGGGAAACCCAAGAGUAUACUCGAAAUGUUGUUCGAUAUUGCCUUGAAGCUCUUCAAGACUGGUUUGAUGCUAUUAACUUUGUGGAUGAGCCAGCACCUAACCAAGUCACUUUUCAUCUGCCACUACAUCGUUACUAUGCUAUGUUUCUGAGUAAGGCUGUGAAAUGCCAAGAACUAGAUUUGGAUUCUGUUUUACCUGAUCAGGAAAUGUUAAUGAAACUGAUGAUUCACCCACUUCAAAUUCAAGCAAGUCUUGCUGAAAUCCACAGCAACAUGUGGGUAAGAAAUGGUCUACAAAUCAAGGGACAAGCCAUGACCUAUGUCCAGUCUCAUUUCUGUAAUUCCAUGAUUGACCCUGACAUUUACCUAUUGCAGGUUUGUGCUUCUAGACUUGACCCAGAUUAUUUUAUUUCAUCUGUCUUUGAAAGAUUUAAGGUAGUGGAUUUGUUGACAAUGGCAUCACAACAUCAAAACACAGUGCUUGAUGCAGAGCAUGAGAGAUCCAUGUUAGAAGGCGCUCUUACGUUUCUGGUGAUUCUUUUGAGUCUUCGUUUACAUUUAGGAAUGUCUGAUGAUGAGAUUCUCAGGGCAGAGAUGGUAGCCCAACUGUGUAUGAAUGAUAGGACACAUAGUUCAUUGCUGGACCUUAUUCCAGAAAAUCCAAACCCCAAAAGUGGCAUUAUUCCAGGCAGUUAUAGCUUUGAGUCGGUUUUGUCAGCUGUAGCUGAUUUUAAAGCUCCUGUUUUUGAACCUGGAGGUUCUAUGCAACAAGGCAUGUAUACUCCCAAAGCGGAAGUCUGGGAUCAGGAGUUUGACCCUGUUAUGGUUAUACUUCGAACGGUUUAUCGGAGAGAUGUGCAGUCUGCAAUGGACAGAUACACAGCAUUUUUAAAACAGAGUGGAAAAUUCCCCGGAAAUCCCUGGCCUCCCUACAAGAAAAGGACACCACUUCAUCCCAGUUACAAAGGCCUCAUGAGACUUCUGCACUGUAAAACUUUACAUAUUGUGCUGUUCACUCUGCUUUACAAGAUUUUGAUGGAUCACCAAAAUCUGUCUGAACAUGUACUCUGCAUGGUCUUAUAUCUGAUUGAAUUAGGACUUGAAAACUCAGUUGAGGAAGAAUCAGAUGAAGAGGCAUCAGUAUGUGGACCAGAACGUUGUCAUGACAGUUGGUUUCCUGGCAGUAACUUAGUAUCAAACAUGAGACACUUUAUAAACUAUGUUAGAGUGAGAGUUCCAGAGACUGCUCCAGAAGUUAAGAGAGACCCACCUGCAAGUACCAGCUCUGAUAGUUUGGGUUCUUCACAAAAUUCUGGAACAGCUCAAGUUUUCAGCUUAGUAGCAGAACGUAGAAAAAAGUUUCAGGAGAUCAUCAAUCGCAGUAGCAGUGAAGCAAAUCAAGUUGUUCGCCCCAAAUCUUCAAGUAAAUGGUCUGCGCCUGGUUCAGCCCCUCAGUUAACCACAGCCAUUUUGGAAAUAAAAGAAAGCAUAUUGUCUCUCCUAAUCAAACUUCAUCACAAACUCUCAGGAAAACAGAACUCCUAUUAUCCUCCUUGGCUUGAUGACAUAGAUGUUUUAAUCCAACCUGAAAUUCCUAAAUAUAGUCAUGGAGAUGGUAUAACUUCGGUAGAAAGAAUUUUACUAAAAGCUGCGUUGCAAAGUCGAAUGAACAAACGUAUCAUUGAAGAGAUAUGCAGAAAAGUGACUCCUCCUGUCCCACCCAAAAAGAUCACUGCAGCAGAGAAGAAAACAAUGGAUAAAGAAGAAAGGCGGCAAAAGGCUAGAGAGCGACAGCAGAAAUUGCUUGCAGAGUUUGCUUCACGACAGAAAAGUUUCAUGGAAACUGCAAUGGAUGUUGAUUCUCCUGAGAAUGAUAUUCCUAUGGAGAUCACUGCAGCAGAGCCCCAAGUUUCUGAGGCAGUGUAUGACUGUGUUAUUUGUGGACAGAGUGGCCCCUCUUCUGAAGAUCGGCCGACAGGACUGGUUGUACUGCUGCAAGCUUCUUCAGUUUUGGGACAAUGCCGUGACAACAUUGAGCCAAAAAAGUUGCCUGUUACUGAAGAGGAACAGAUUUAUCCUUGGGAUACCUGUGCAGCAGUUCAUGACGUGAGACUUUCAUUACUACAGCGUUAUUUUAAGGAUAGUUCUUGUCUCUUGGCAGUAUCAAUUGGCUGGGAAGGAGGUGUUUAUGUACAAACCUGUGGGCAUACACUUCAUAUAGAUUGUCAUAAAUCUUAUAUGGAGUCAUUACGGAAUGACCAGGUUCUUCAAGGCUUCUCAGUGGACAAAGGAGAAUUCACAUGUCCUCUCUGUAGGCAGUUUGCUAACAGUGUUCUCCCCUGCUAUCCUGGAAGCAAUGUGGAAAAUAACCCAUGGCAACGUGCUAGUAGCAAAGGCAUCCAGGAUCUCAUAAAGGAAGUGAAGGAGCUGCAGGGUCGGCCGGGCGCCUUCCCAGUAAGCAUCAGUUCAGAAACCAACUUAAGUAAAGAAAUGGAAGCUGUAAUGAAAGACAUAAAAAAUACCACUCAGAAGAAAUACAGAGACUAUAGCAAGACCCCUGGCUCACCAGACAAUGAUUUUCUCUUUAUGUAUUCUGUUGCUAGAACCAAUUUGGAGCUUGAGUUAAUUCAUCGAGGAGGCAAUUUGUGUUCAGGUGGUGCAAGCACAACUGGCAAAAGAUCUUGUUUAAAUCAACUGUUCCAUGUGUUAGCCUUGCACAUGCGGCUUUAUAGCAUUGACUCUGAAUAUAAUCCCUGGAGAAAGCUCACACAGUUAGUAGAGGAGAUGAAUUCACAACUUGGAAAUGAAGAGCAGCAGCCUGAAGUUCCGAUUCUUUAUCAUGACGUCACAUCCCUUUUGCUCAUCCAGAUCUUGAUGAUGCCACAACCAUUAAGGAAAGACCACUUCACCUGCAUCGUGAAGGUGCUUUUUAACCUGCUCUAUACGCAAGCUCUUGUAGCACUUUCGGUUAAAUGCAAUGAGGAAGAUAGGUCAGCCUGGAAACACACAGGAGCUCUCAAAAAGAAUACAUGUGAUGCAGAAAAGUCUUAUGAAGUAUUAUUGAGCUUUGUAAUAACUGAACUAUCUAAAGGAAAGCUAUAUCACGAAGAAGCGACUCAGGAGUGUGCAAUGGUUAGUCUUGUCACUUGGUCUCCUGAGUCCCUGGAAAGAUGCUUACAGGACUUCUGUUUACCUUUCCUCAGAAUUACCAGCCUUCUUCAACACCACCUUUUUGGGGAAGAUUUACCUAGCUGCCAGGAAGAAGAAGAAUUUUCAGUUCUUUCCAGCUGUCUGGGACUUCUGCCAACAUUUUACCAAACAGAACAUCCAUUCAUCAGUGCCUCCUGCCUGGAUUGGCCAGUUCCAGCAUUUGAUAUUAUAUCUCAGUGGUGUUUUGAGAUCAAUUCGUUUACUGAAAGACAUGCAGAACAAGGGAAGGCCUUGCUUAUCCAAGAGUCAAGAUGGAAAUUACCACACCUGCUGCAGUUGCCUGAGAAUUAUAACACCAUUUUCCAGUACUACCACAGAAAAACCUGUAGCGUGUGCACCAAGGUUCCUAAAGAUCCUGCUGUUUGCCUUGUUUGUGGCACUUUCGUUUGCCUGAAAGGACUUUGCUGCAAGCAACAGAGUUACUGUGAAUGUGUAUUGCAUUCUCAGAAUUGUGGUGCCGGAACAGGGAUUUUCCUUUUGAUUAAUGCAUCAGUGAUUAUCAUCAUUCGAGGUCACCGCUUCUGCCUCUGGGGUUCUGUGUAUUUGGAUGCUCAUGGAGAGGAAGACCGGGAUCUUAGGCGAGGCAAACCUCUCUACAUUUGUAAGGAGAGAUACAAAGUUCUUGAACAGCAGUGGAUUUCUCAUACUUUUGAUCACAUCAACAAAAGAUGGGGCCCACAUUACAAUGGCCUGUGACUCACCACCUCAGCAUUGCAUUCUAUCAUCAUUUUCAUUAAAGAUAUAUCAACAAUAAGCUUUAACUUAAUUUGGGGGUCAACACUUGCUGAGGGGGGAUAAAAAAGACAAACAUAUGCUAUAAAGCCUUUCCAAAAUUAGGUGCUUGGUAAUCACAUUAAUAGUAUAAUACUUUUUUCAAGUAUGUGGAGAAUAUAACAAAUAACAAAUCACUCUUUAGUGGUCUUUUUUUUUUUUUUUUUAAAGUCCACAGUUAAUAAGAAGCACAACUUGUUGACAAAAUGAUUUAAUAGUGAUUCUCUCCUGGCAAGGCAUAUCAAUUACUCAUUGAUACUGAGAGUGGGUAUGAUUUUAUUUAAAGUUUUACUGCUUCUUUAUAUCUGUGUGUUUAAUUUGUGUUGCUUAACAUAAUGCAUCUUUCCCCUCUGCCAUUUCUUGUGUUCAUUUGAGAUUUUGGCUGUAUGUAAUUAGAAACUAUGAUUUAUAAACAUGAUUUAUGUAAAACAUGAUUUAUGUGAAAUACUGUAUAGUAAAACUUAGUUGGUUUAAUAGUAGUAGAACUUAAAUUUUUUUUCUUAUUGUGAAAAAUCUGUUAAAAGUUUAAGGCUUUGCUGAAAACUUAAUUCAUUCUCAGGAAUUUCAUAAAUAUUCUCCCCAGGUAAAUAAUUGAAAUAGUUGUAAAAUAAGUAGAUAGUUGCUGUUGACAUAAUACAAUACAUUUGGGGGAUAUGUCUGCCAUUGUAGUUGGAAAACUCACUGGAGUAGAACAAAUCUGGGGCUGUUGGAAAAGCCAGGACACAUACUUUCAUAGAAAAAACAUGAAAAAAUACAUUCCGACUUUUCUGACAACACAGUAGUUUUUAUUAUACCAUCAGCAUUUCUAAGAGCAUCUAGAUGGCAAAUUUUGACUCUACGCAUAUCCACCUUUACUACCAAAUUUUUGUUUCAGAAAUAAGACAGGAAAUGAUCAGACAUCCCCACACAUGAAGCAUAGUUUUAGAACUUUCUGUCAGGCUAAGAAGUUCAUCCAUACUAUAUUUGUAUAGUGUAAUCACUGCUGUUUCUUCUUGUUUCCUAAAGAAAAAGGCUCAGUGGUGAUGCCCUCAUGAACGAGCAGUGCAUCUGCGUUCUUCUUGGAAACUGAUAUGAAAAAAGUAACUAAUGAUUGUUAGAAAUUUCCUUCCUUCCUUCCUUCCUUCCUCCCUCCCUCCCUUCCUCCCUUCCUCCCUUCCUCCCUUCCCCUUCCCCUUCCCCCUCCUCUCCCCCUCCCCCUCCCCCUCCCUCUCCUCCUCCUUCUCCUUCUCCUUCUCCUUCUUCCUCUUUACAUUAAGAAUGAGGCUGAUUGUGCUAAAAUCUAAUCAGUAAGUAAAGAAGAAUACAGAAAGCAUGUUAUAUAUUGCUGCCAAGGUUUUUCUCCCAAGUGGCUCAGUAGUUUGAUGAUUAUUUCAUAUAUAGUGUUACCAAGAAAUUCCUGGUACGUUGAACUUCUGUGGCUUGUUCUUUAAAAUAACAUUUUUACAAGUAAAAAAAAAAAAAAGCCUAAAAAAUAUCUCAUGAUGAAUAUAAAAGUAAAUUCAGAUCAAUGUUCCAAAAAUUACUAAUGACACAUUAUUGUAUAUUAAAAUGGACAUUAAAUUAUGGCAUUACAUAAAAAUCAAGAGAAUGGAAUAGUACAUAUUCAAUGUACUCAAAAAGUAAGAAAAAAAAUUCCUAUAGGUCUACAAUAAAGUACUUGGGAUAAAGCUUGUUAUUUUUAUAUACAUUUCCAACACAUUAAGAUAACUUUCUGAAAGACUAGAACGAGACUAUUCUGUUGAACUCAAUAGCUGUCCUUCCCAGCACAUCGCUACUUUUUAAAAUACUGUAUCAUAAGUUUAGCCUGUCAUAUUUUUUGCAUUGUUUAUUAUGAAUACCAGGCCAUUUGUGAGUGUGGUUAAAGAGCAAAAUGCUAAUUUACAUCUCUAGUGUACACUGUUAAAGGAUUCAUGAACUUGAAUAAUUCUACAGUUUGAAACUCUGAUGCUAUAUAUACAUGGUAUAAUGUAUUCAGACUUUGAUUACUACAUAUUUAAAAUGGAAUGUUUUUUGGUUGUGCAUAUGGAUGUGAAGUGAAAAUAUUAGCCUUAACAUUAAAAUUUGGGUAUUUGAUAGUGUUUAUUUUGAUAUUGGUGAAUUAGUCACCAGUAAAUUUUAAAAAAGCACUUGGUUGAAAAAUUGUACUUGAAUACAUACAUGCAUGCUGCUAAACUAGAACUUUAAUUUUUCCCCAUAACUUUUAUAAGUCCCAUUUAUAAACCCACUUUUAAAAAUAACAGAUCCACGUUAGAGUGAUGUGUGUAUAUUAUUCAAAAAUGUACUGGUGUGAUAUCUUGUAUGAAUGAUCAUUUAAAUACAGUACAUUACUGUAGAAGCUAAAACAAUCUUUAUAAUUAAGCAAAAAUGACAAAGCUAGGAAUAAUCAACAUUGUAAGAUAUGUUAAUAAAAGCCUACUGUCA